AUGAAUGGUUUAAUUGUAUUUAUCUUGUUUUCUGCAAGUUUAAUCAACACCGUCAACGGAUUAUGGCAAGUGAAUGGCUGCGAAUAUGUGGUAGGUUAAAUACGAUAGGUUUAAGUAUAAGUUUAUAAAGGAAGUGUCUCAAAUUUGACAAGAAAAAAAGGGUUUUUGGCCAUGUUUCUGUUUCUGCCAAUUUAUAUCUUUGCUUUUUUAGAACGGCCUCAUAAUUGAAUGCGACGGCACUAAACGACGAGCGACUCCGGAGGAAAUCGCCUUGGUCAAAAAGCAUUUUACAGCCGAGAAAGCGUAUUUCAAAAAGAGAGUAAGUGUUCACAAUGAUGAGUAUAUAAAUAUAUCAGUCUGUCGGGAAAAUAAUGAGCAUGCUGUCGCAUCAAAAAAUGCUGAGAAAACGCAAAAUAUGUAUAAUUGUUUUUUCACUUCAGCGACGUGAACGGUACAGAGACAUUGUGCUCAUUAUUUUCCCGACAGACUAAUACUAACUCGUCCGUAAAGUUGCUGGAAUGAAAGCGCACCUUUCAACCGAAAAACGCUGAAAUUUCUCGAUCAUUUUCAACCGAAACCCCCUGGUUUUCGGGGUAAAAAAGCCCUUUUCAAAAGGUUGUAGCGACCUCAGUUUGCACUUAAAAAUCUUGUUAUUCCGUAGGCAAAAAAUAAUGUCGCUUAAAAAUACAUAUUCCAAAAACGAAGUCUCUGCGCCGCCUCCGCCGAAAGUUAUAGCCUCCUACUUUCCUUCACGUUUCUUGAAAGACCCUGUACAUUCGUUUGGCCCACAAAAUUUUAGGGAAAUCGAACGGGAAAAACUACAAAAUUUCAUCCAAAAUAUCAGUCCGAGGGGAAAGUAAUGAGCACUCUGUUGCAUCAAAAUCAUUUUUUUGCCGCCAAAAAAGUAAGUUGUGAAAAAAAUCAAGUUGUCUCUAAGCAUGGCUGCAAACCGGCCCGGGCUUGGAAAAUUUGGAAAGCCCGGCCCGGUUCGGCCCGGAAAAUUUUUGUGCUAGGCUGGAAAGAAAGAAAGCGGGAAAUGAAGGGAAAAUUAUUGGACAUUUUCGCAAAAUGUAAAGAAUAAUUUAGCAAAACCUAUGUAUAGAGCAAUUGCCGCUUGACUAUUUUUAUAAAUUACUAAGUCGCCAUAAAUUGUCUUGCCAUAUGGUUACAAAAAAUCAUAAAAUUUUGUGUAUAGUUACCCAAAUUUUAGCAAAAAUAUCUUAUCACCGGUCUUUUAUCGGCUUUGAAAAAACCUACAAGCGUAUUGCGUAUUUUUGAAACGUUUUCCCUUUUCUCUUUUUGCCAGCGUAUUAACUAUGAGGUCGCACUUUAGAAUUUCUGAAAAUUUUUUCAAAUGUCACUUUACGUUUGCUAUCAGCAUUGUGUUCGAAAAAAUGAAAAAUUCUAUCGAAAAAGCUUAUUUUUCCCUUUUUCCGGGCAAAAGUCAGAUUUCAAAAAAACCGGGCCGUCCCGGGCCGAGAAAUUAGUCGGCCCGGCCCGGGCCGGAAAGUUUUGAAAAGCCCGGCCCGGAGCCAUGCCUAGUUGUCUCAGCGACUCGACAAGCGGCAUUGUGCUCAUUAUUUUCCCGACAGACUGACGUGAGUUUCUAAUGUAAUAUUUGCUUUCAGUUUCCACCAGGAUUCCCAUUUAAUAAAGGGCCAGACAACUUGAUCUUCCCGGACUUCCCACAUCUUUGUAAGACCUGCUAA